ACAUUUGUUUAUUUCUUAGAUGGAAUAGUGCACCAUUUUGGUAUUUUGUGGAUUAUGGAAUCUAGUUUUCCAUAUUCCAGAAGAAUAAAUGUUUGUAUCUAAUAUUCUUAAGAUAGAUAACACAAUUUUAGUAAAUUUCAACAUGGAUUUACUGUUUUACAGGUACUUUGGGGAAGCUGGUGUAUUAUUGGGCGUUCUGCAAGGUUCUUUUUUGCUGGAGAUACUGCUUACUGUGACGUUUUUAAGCAAAUUGGUCGGAUGUAUGGUCCGUUUGAUGUUUCAGCCAUACCUAUUGGUGCUUAUGAACCAAGGUGGUUCUUGAAAUACCAGCAUGUUGAUCCUCAAGAAGCUGUCAGAAUCCAUGAAGAUAUUAAAAGUAAAUGCAGUGUAGCCAUCCACUGGGGAACCUUUAGGUUAGGUAAUGAGUACUACCUUGAUCCACCAAGGAAGUUACGAGAAAGCUUGGAGCAACGAGCUCAUCCUCCUAACUGCUUCAUCAUCUUAAAGCAUGGAGAGCAUAAGCUAUUUGGUGCCAACUCCACUCUUCAGAGACCCAAAGGGAAGAAGUCAAAGCCUGAGAAAAUGUGAUUUUGAUCAUUGUGGUGGUUACUUGAUAUUGAAUGGGUCCUAGCCCUUUUGUUCCAACCUUUUAAUGAAUGGUUGUUCAGUAAGUACCACAUCCUAUCAACCCAAGUUAGCUACAUAAUAGAUAUCAUAAGACCCAACGGAAGAGUGGCAAGUGGUUUUAUUGAUUCCAUUGUAAAGAACUUCAAUAGAGUGAUACCCAGCAUCUUUGACAAUAGAAAAGCUAAAUAUCAGAAAUGGAAAGUUUUAUACUGAUGAAGAAUGAUGGUUUUAAAUUAGCAACUGUUUGUUGAUGAUGUAAAGAUUUAUAUAACCUGCAUUGAUCUUGUCCACAAGUCUGAAUUUUGAAAAAUAUUGUGUCUGCCUGUACAUUUGUCAGACAUGGUGUGAGCCUUGUAUGUAUUAUAUUCUCCAGAAUAGUAGAGCUGUUGGUGAAAUAUAACUUCCCUUAUCAAGAAUUUUGUUAAAUAGUUUUGUGGCAUAUAAGUUGGUCCUACCUCAACAAUAUUCUAGUCAUCAUUUCUCUGGUCACUUUUGUUUAGAUGAUGCUGUCAGGUUGCUCGAAGUAAGAAUGUAAGGAGGAAGAUGUGUUAUUCUUUACAAACGAAGUGCUUCCAUCUUUAAAUGUACAGAAUUCUUAAGUUUGAGUCAAAGUAGACAGCUGGUUUAGCCUUCUUUAUUUAAAUGUAGUGUAUAGGAUAUUUCACACCUUUAUCAAUUAGAUAGUGUGCUAACUUAUGGAUAGAAACUUCUCAAAUGAUUUUUUUAAUAUGGAUUGUUUGUUUCUAGAAGUUACACAUUAAACAAUGUAAAUACACAUUGUUCUUGUCAAUUAA